GCGAGAGAGAGGGUGAGGGGUGCAGAAAAAGAGUGACAGAAGAGAUUACGGUGAAAGAGUGAGACAGAAAGGAAUAGAAGAGCUCGCUGCAGUUGAGCUUUCAGAAGAAAAAGGAGGAAGCGGAGUGAAGGCAGAGCAGCGGCGCUCCGUCAACUCAGCAGCAGGACGACACUCCGAAACAGCCUCACACACACACACCCACAAAAACAAAGCAAACAAACUAGCAGAAACUAACCUGAACCCGUUUUAAAACUCCUCCGCUCCGGAAAGAAAAAAACGCUCCAGAGAAGCGCUUUUUUUUCCCUCCACCUUUUUUUUUUUUGUUUUGUUUUUUUUCCACCCCUCUUCUUCUUCUUCUUCUUCUUGUGACACCGACAACAGGUGAGCUCAACCGGGCGGACCGGGCAUCAUGGCAGACUCGGCGGGAAACAACAGCGACGGCGAGGACGGACCCCGCGAGCCCAUGCGGGGCUUCGCGCGCCAGGGAGCUCUCCGGCAGAAGAACGUGCACGAGGUGAAGGACCACAAAUUCAUCGCGCGCUUCUUCAAGCAGCCCACCUUCUGCAGCCACUGCACCGACUUCAUCUGGGGUUUUGGCAAGCAGGGAUUCCAGUGUCAAGUGUGUUGUUUCGUGGUUCACAAACGUUGCCAUGAGUUCGUCACUUUCUCCUGUCCAGGAGCUGAUAAAGGACCUGCCUCGGACGACCCAAGGGCAAAGCAUAAGUUUAAGAUCCACACCUACUCUAGCCCGACCUUCUGUGACCACUGCGGUUCUCUACUCUACGGCCUCUUACACCAGGGCAUGAGAUGUGACCACUGUAUGAUGAACAUCCAUAAGCGCUGCGUGGCCAACGUGCCGAGCCUAUGUGGAACAGACCACACCGAGAGGAGAGGUCGCAUCCAGAUCACUGCUGAGGUCAAGACUAAUGUUCUCACUGUCACCAUCAAAGAGGCCAGGAAUCUGGUUCCUAUGGACCCCAACGGUCUGUCAGACCCCUAUGUGAAGCUCAAACUGAUCCCAGAUCCCCGCAGCGAGAGUAAGCAGAAGACCAAGACCAUAAAGUGCUGCCUCAACCCCACCUGGAACGAGACCUUUAAAUUCCACCUGAAGGAGUACGACAAGGACCGCCGUCUGUCGGUGGAGAUUUGGGACUGGGACCUGACCAGUCGCAAUGACUUCAUGGGAUCGCUGUCCUUUGGCAUCUCAGAGCUCCAGAAACAAGGGGUGGACGGAUGGUUUAAGCUGCUCUCCCAGGAAGAAGGCGAGUACUUCAACGUUCCCGUCGCUCCGGAGGGGGAGGAGGGCAACGAGGAGCUACGGCAGAAAUUUGAGAGGGCUAAGAUUGGUCCAGGCAAGAACACAGAGGGCAAGUCAGCCAAUGCUGCAUCCCGGUUUGACUCCAAUGGCAACCAGGACCGCAUGAAGCUGGCCGACUUUAACUUCCUGAUGGUGCUGGGCAAGGGCAGCUUCGGCAAGGUGAUGCUGGCAGAGCGCAAAGGGACGGAGGAGCUGUUCGCCAUAAAGAUCCUGAAGAAGGACGUCGUGAUCCAGGAUGACGACGUGGAGUGCACCAUGGUGGAGAAGAGAGUGUUAGCUUUGGCUGGGAAGCCUCCGUUUUUAACGCAGCUGCACUCCACCUUCCAGUCUAUGGACCGCUUGUAUUUUGUCAUGGAGUACAUAAACGGCGGAGAUCUCAUGUAUCAGAUACAGCAGGUCGGCAAGUUCAAAGAGCCUCACGCUGUAUUCUACUCUGCCGAGAUCGCCAUUGGUCUGUUUUUCCUACAUCAAAAGGGCAUCAUCUACAGAGACCUGAAGCUGGACAAUGUCAUGCUGGACUGCGAGGGCCACAUUAAGAUAGCAGACUUUGGCAUGUGUAAAGAAAAUAUGAACGACGGCAUCACCACCAAGACCUUCUGUGGAACACCAGACUACAUCGCUCCUGAGAUUAUAGCCUACCAACCUUAUGGAAAGUCUGUGGACUGGUGGGCCUUUGGUGUAUUGCUCUAUGAGAUGUUGGCUGGACAGCCUCCAUUUGAUGGCGAGGACGAGGAUGAGUUAUUUCAGUCCAUCAUGGAGCAUCACGUCUCCUAUCCCAAGUCCAUGUCCAAGGAGGCUGUCGCUAUCUGUAAAGGGCUGAUGACGAAGCAUCCAGCGAAGCGACUGGGCUGUGGUCCAGAGGGGGAGAGAGACAUCCGAGAGCACAGCUUCUUCCGCUACAUGGACUGGGAGAAGCUGGAGAACAAGGAGGUGCAGCCUCCUUUCAAACCCAGAGCUUGCGGACGGGACGCCGAGAACUUUGACCGUUUUUUCACACGCCACCCGCCGGUGCUGACCCCUCCUGACGAGGAAGUGAUUCAGAACCUGGACCAAGACGAGUUCCAGGGAUUCUCCUUUAUCAACCCCGAGUUCCCAGGAAACGCUGCUACCACCACUGCCACCGAGCAGGCUUGAUUUCAGCUCAUGCACGGACACAUGGACACACAUACACUCACACAUAUAUACACAAUCGUUUCUCCAGUGUCGAUCCUGCAUACCCUGGAAUAUACAAACAUGUUAACUUUAAAUAUCCUGGAAUUCAAGAAACAGAUUAAACUUUGAUCACAGAUUUCUUGUUCACACUGUUGCAGCUCAGAUGAUGUGCUGACUCUUAUCUGAAGAUGACAAACCUGAUCUCAUGUACUGUAGCAGUCUGGUAGAAAUACGAGUUAAACUGAGAAACUGAGAUAACUAAUUUUUCUUGCUUCUAUCAAAUUAUUGCUACAAAGCAUACAGCUUGCCACUGACUUUGUUUUUAGCAUAUUACUGUAAAAUCAGUGUGGUAUAACGUUAUGCAUGAUCCAGUAAAUAACAUUUGCAGGGAAACCGGAAGCAUCUAAUUCGCCACAAGCUUUCUGAAUCCGACUCAUCUUGCAUUUUAGAUGGUAUCUCGCUCACAGUGUGAACAACAAGUUAGUGUUUACUUCAGCAUACAUGAUCAGAAUAGAGAUUAGAAAAUGAAUUUAAAAGUUCAGAAAUUUUUAGGGGAUAAUUAGAGCACCAUUUUUGCAUCACUGAAGAGUAAUUAAACUGACACAAACGGGUUUAUUUCAUUAAAAAAAAAAAAGAAAAAAGAAAGUAUAACCUCGCUACAGAAUAUCAACAAGUCAGCUCACAUAUACACACAACUGCAAAAUUUCCUGUGUAACAUAGCUUCAGCAGUUCUAACUUUUAUUUGGGUGGAAAUUGUGAUUUUUACCUUUUUUUCCCCCUCCUCAUUUCUCAGCUAUUCCAGCGCAUUUUGGUUUAGGCUUGAAUUUCUGUGUGCUUUUUUUAAUGAGUGUAUAAUAAUAAUAAUAGUGUCUGUAUCCUUAUAUUAGCUAAAACUGGAAUGCUUGACUUACGUGCAUGAGAUUCUAUAUCAAGAAUAGCCCUGGAUCUUGUCUCCCAAUGGCAUUUUAGAAGAAAAAAAAAAAAAGGCACCACAAAUAUAAGAUUUUCUGUCUACUGAUUGCUGUCCACCACUGGGCUCAUGAUGAUGGGAAAUGUAGUCUUUAUAGACGGUCUGAGUCAGAUAGAUAGAUAGAUAGAUAGAUAGAUAGAUAGAUAGAUAGAUAGAUAGAUAGAUAGAUAAUACUAUUUCUUAUGCUCUGUUCUCUUGUAUUUAAGCAAUGAAAGAGACUAGCGGUUAGUUUCUUUGUGUUAUAGCAUGAAUCCAAUACCUGGGCAUUUGUUUACAGUGUGUGUGUGUGUGUGUGCACAUGUAUGUUUUCUAUGUGUGUGAACAAGUAUUCUGCAUAGAAAUGCAUAUUUGCAUUUUCGUACGUGUCCAUAUUGCCUUCCCAGCGCCUUGCCUGGCCUCAUGUUUACGUUUGUUUGUAUGGCGAAAAUCAGCACCCCUUUCAUAUUAAGCAGUAUUAGUGGGAUCCACUUUGCUUCCAUCCAGCAGUUCCAUUAGUGGCAGAAAAGGAAAUAGGAGACAGAAGUAGAGUAGAAAAAUAAGUGGGGGUUUUUUUUUGUUUGUUUGUUUUUUUCUGUAAGAGUGCAUUGAAAUUGAAACAAUUCCUAUCUAGUCACGCACUGAUCUUAGCGACAGCCAUUCCUACAUUUUGUUUUUGAAUCAGCAUUGAGUCCCUGGACAGCACCACCUCAGAAGCAUUGCUGUUGUGCAGAUUGAGAUCUAUGAGCUGGAAAUCAAAACUGGACCCAAAUUCUUGCUUUUAAAAUGCAGGUUCAGCACCUGAGCAUCUCAAAAAAGUUGCUAAGCAUGGAAAAAGUUUUACAAAGUAGAAAACAAAACAGACCAAAAUAUGGUGUAGCCUGUAAAGUUUUGAUCUCAUGUUUUGGAAGUUCGACGCUCAAGUCACUGUGAUGGAUGUUUCUCUGUGUCCGCUAAAGAAUGUCCAUCCUGUAGAAAAUGUAAACAGCUCGGUCUCCUGAAGCUGGAGAAAGUGUGUGUGUGCGUGUGUGUGUGUUUCGUCCUUUGUUUUCCCUCGCUAGCAAUAAUCCUGCUGACAGGAAGACAGAACUGUAGGUUAGAACUGUUAGUGAUUUACAUACAGAGGCGAUGAGGUUAUUAGUGGGUCUUUUCCACUCUGCCAGAGGAGGAGAAGUGUUUGUACUUUACAUACCACUCUCUUCAUCGCAGAGGCACAUCAGCGGAGUUUUCUCUGCAAAGUGGGCACAUUGACAUCCUGGUCCACUGGUGUUUAUCAGUAGUUUUGUAUGUAGUGUGUAUCUGCAACCAAGGAAGUCAGUUUUGUUCAUUUUUCUGAAAGGAAUUUGAGGUCUUUAGGGGUCCACUUGGUUCUGAAAGUUAAGGUCAAGAUUGGAUCCAAAUUGCACUUAGUUCAGUGAGGAUGGAUUGAGUCUUGUUUUACUUCCACAGGUCUCUGGUCUGUGUUAAUAUGUCUAAUCCAGUGUUUCCUCUACAUUCAUUUAGCAGCGGCGGCCCGACAUUCCUAAAUCCUCGCCGACGCUCCUUCAAAUUUCUUUCUUUCUUUUUUUUUUAUUGUUGCAAAUACACCACCGCCGCAUGUCUCCACCUUCCCAGCAGAGUCCUGCUCUGGGUCAGGUACUCGCGACUACUACGGUAACCUACAGAUAACUAUCUUGCUCAGUCUCUACUCUCUGGGGGUUAAUACAACGUUAUUUGCUCGCGAGAGUGUGGCCUUCAAAGUGAUGCUGUUUAUUCCGCUCACAGAAAAGACCGCAUGAGAAAAAAUCACUGUUUUAUCUUGGACAAAUCUGACACUAGAACGCCCUAUUUUACUCGUUUUAAAGUCAUCUUUGGUCGCACACCGGUCUGAGCACCGCAGCCACAACAGCAGCUACCACAGCCUGCUAUG